UGACGUCACAGCUGCGCCGUUGCGGGAAGGCGGGCGCAGCGCCGCGUCGUGCCGAGGCCGGGCAUGGCCCAGCUGGGCGCCAUCGCCGCUCUCGUCCUCAGCUUCCUCGCCGCCGCCUUCCUCUCCGCCAUCCAUAAGAUCGAGGAAGGUCACAUCGGAGUCUACUACCGCGGCGGCGCGUUGCUGACCUCCACCAGCGGGCCGGGUUUUCACCUCAUGCUGCCCUUCAUCACGUCCUACAAGUCAGUGCAGACCACGCUGCAGACCGAUGAGGUGAAAAACGUUCCGUGCGGUACGAGUGGAGGAGUGAUGAUUUACUUUGACAGAAUCGAGGUGGUGAAUUUCCUGAUCCAGAGUGCAGUUUAUGACAUAGUGAAGAACUACACUGCUGACUACGACAAAGCUCUCAUCUUCAACAAGAUUCACCAUGAGCUUAACCAGUUCUGCAGUGUCCACACGCUCCAGGAGGUCUACAUUGAGCUGUUUGAUCAGAUCGAUGAAAACCUUAAACUGGCAUUGCAGCAAGACCUGACUACAAUGGCCCCUGGAUUAAUUAUACAGGCAGUUCGAGUUACAAAGCCAAACAUCCCUGAAACAAUCCGGAGGAAUUAUGAGCUCAUGGAGAGCGAGAAGACAAAGCUGCUGAUAGCAGCACAGAAGCAGAAGGUGGUGGAAAAGGAAGCAGAGACAGAAAGGAAGAAGGCCCUCAUUGAGGCAGAAAAAAUAGCCCAAGUUGCUGAAAUAACUUAUGGACAGAAAGUGAUGGAAAAAGAAACAGAGAAACGGAUUUCAGAGAUUGAAGAUGCUGCGUUUCUUGCAAGAGAGAAGGCAAGAGCUGAUGCUGAAUGCUACACUGCUAUGAAAGUAGCUGAAGCUAACAAGCUGAAGUUAACUCCCGAGUACUUGCAGCUGAUGAAAUACAAGGCUAUUGCAGCAAACAGCAAGAUCUAUUUUGGCAAAGAUAUUCCCAACAUGUUCAUGGACUAUGCAGGUAGCCAGAGUAAAUUUGUGGAGGGACUGGCAGAAGGAAUCCAUGAAGAGGAUGGGGCAGGACCCAGCGAGGACACAAAACUGCUUCAUAACACCAACUGAAAAGAAACGUUUGUAUUUGUUUUAUAUCAAAAGAAACGUGAACUGGGAAGUUCCUUUUUUUUCUUUUUGUUUUCCCCUUUUCCUGUACUGAAAGAGAUAAAAUGUAAUCCUCUCAAUCUUUUGUAUGACAAUUAGACACAAUGACUUUGGUAUUUAUGGAGUGGUGUUUCUGGUAACUGCUAAGUAAUCUGCUCCAGAUAUGUCUGCUAGAUGCACCUCUCCCUUCUGAUGGGCUGAUAAACCCAGUGAUUCCAGAGAGGCUAGCUAGGCUAUCUGUCCUGCAGCCAGCUUAGAUGGUUAAUUAGUUAAUUGAGGUUGUUGGUAGCAGUUGGAAGUUUUGAGAUUUUGGCAGGAGGGGGGAUUGCUGCUAUGACCUUUUAUUUUCUAGUUGGAAAUUUCUAGUACUUAAUUCAAACGCCCUUGGAGAAGGAAAAAGGAAAAAAAAAACCAACUUUAAAAAGGUGCUAGACUUUUUGUACACUACCCAUGUCUGCUUCAGGGCAUCGCUCAGACUGGUGGGUCGCUGCCUGGGGCACUGGGGCUGGCAGUCCAUGUGUGCAGUCCAUGUGUGCACUGCAGGCCCAUCCUGCCUGCAAGGUGUAGCAAAACCAUGAAAUUACCAUUUACUGAGGUCUGAGCCAAAGUGUUUUUCUUUUCAGUAGUGCAGUUGAAACCUUGUGCACAGUAACAGCACUUCAGCUGAAGUGUUGCAGGUUACCCUGGGGGAGAUGUAAGCCUUAGACCACGUGUCACACAGGUAGUGGCCCAAACUGCUCAUUUUCUGCGUUUUAACACUGGUUUCUUUUCCAUUGGUCGUGUUUGGGUAGAGCAGAGGGGAGUUGGUGUUUAUCUGCUGGCUGAGGGGCUGAGAUGUGCUGGUGGAGGCAGUGCCUGCCAGUGGCUAAUUGAACUUAACUUUUGGUGAAACCAGGCUGCAAGCACGGUGCUCGUCACAGUUGUCAUAGAGAAAAGCAGAGAGAAUGCAAUUCUUGUCUCAGGGACCCUGACCUUGCAAAAAGCCUUGCUAGUGAAAAGCUGCUUGAAUGAUUCAUCCCACAGUCACUGCAGUACCUCUGCUGGUCUGUGAGGCCAGUGGAAUUUCAGUAUUUGCAGUGUUGUGUUAGAGGAUGUUCAGAGAAGCUGAAAUGAAUGGAACGUUGUACCUGGGUGAUUUUUUUCUUUUCAGAAUGGACCUUGAGAGGAAGAUCUCCUAGGAGCAAUGGGCUCAAAGCACCAUUUUGAAAUGAAAAAAUCACAGGGCAAGAAAUGACAACCUCUUUUCUGGGCUGUUCAAAGAGAAAUGUUCAUUCUUUGCUCAGAACAGUGAGGUGUGAUGCACCUUUCAUUUCAGAAAACUGAUUCGUUUUCUACUUACCAGAUGCAAGGAGGUCUUUUGUUUUACACGUGCAAAACUUGAGGGGGUGUUAAAGGCAAAAGUUCAGGGCUAGAAAACUUUUUUCUUCCUCUCCCCCCCAAAUCCAUCUGCUACUUGGCAGGAGAGCCUGCUUAUUAAUUGCUGUUAUAGCUUGCAGCCAAUGCAUCCUUAUGAGAUGAUGAAAGCAUAAGCACUAAGUUGGUCAGGACCAACCUGUUGAAUUUGUGAUCUUUUGCCCCACAUGCUUGCUGCUUACGAAGCUUGGUUUCACAUUUCAGUGUUUUUAAUGCAUUAAUCAUUUUAAAUAAGUAAUUUACACUAAGAUAGAAAUCUCAUUAAUUUCUGCUGCUUUUUUUCCAGUAUUUUCAUUUCAGUUUUAUUUUCCCUGUUAGAAGAAUUACAGUUGAUACUUGAAAAUGCAAAAUAAAAGAGAUUGUCAGUUUCUGCUGGAGAAAAGUCCCAUCUCCUUUAUGUCAUCUUUGUAUUUGCUGGCAAAUCUUAAGCUAAGGAUAGUUCCAUCCUCGGGCUGACAGCACAGUGGUCAUAAAACCUGCAUUAAGAGGUAGGCUGUAAUAUUGCUCACUUUUCUAAAUAGGUCUCUGCAAGAUGUUGAGCAGAGAACAGCAGAAAUGUAGGGGUGAGGUAACAGUACCUAAACUUUUAGGGUGAUCUCAGUUGUUUGGCAUUAUUUUGCAUCCGUGUUAAGGUUUUCCAUUAGUAAUUAAAACCUGCUUUUUGUGAAAGUGUUUUCACUAAUGAGGGGACACAAAGAAACCAAGUAUUAACAAAGGAUGUUUUCAUAUGAGUUCACAGUAAAACAAUAGCUUGGAAUAAAUAGGUCUUAUGGAUUUUAAAUUGAAAACGUUACUGCUGAAGUAUUUCUCAGAGGAAGGGGAAGAACAGAAGGAAUAGCCAGUAUUAUUGAUUUCAAACUUGCAUUUUUAGAACACUUUGGAACCUUUGUGGUUCUGCACCGGCUGAAAACCAAGUAAUUUAGUUAACCUAUGAACAGAUUAACAACAACAAAAAAGCAAGAACAAAGUUGAAAUUAUACCAGACCUUACAGGCCAGGGUUGAUUGCUGCUUUUCAUUCGAGUUCUUCAUUCUAUGUGUAAUUUCCUUGAUUUUUCCAGAGGAGGUGUGUCACUACAUGUAAACCUUUAUCCCAUUUAUCUCUUUCGCUGUCAUUCUGUCAUCUCUGUGAUCUUGCAGUCUCAAAAGGAAGAUCUAACUGCUGAAACAGCUCUGCCUAACAAGGAAGCACAGGUUUGCUGUUUGGCACUGCUACAACUGUUGGCAGAGGCACGGUGAUGCUUUACCAGUGCAGCUGUGGAUCUGUAUACUGAAUUUAAAAGCCUUUUUAUUUUGAUACUUGCUAUGACAAUAAAAUGGCCUUCAAUUUUAA